UAAAUUUGAGCGCAAACCUGUGUUAGGGCUUUUCUCAUUGUUUGUGUAUGUUAGGAUUUGCUUUAAUGUUUUUUUAGUUUAUGCGUUUGAUACUGAAGGCGAUCUUUUGUUAACUAAGCGACAUGCUGGUCCUGUCCUUUUUAUUAACAUGGCUGGCCAAUGUUAUUGUUAUAGGAUCUCUAGAUAUUUCAACGACAAGUGUAAAUGUUGACACAGAGUUGGAAGCAGAAAUGGACAGAAUAGCCGAAGAAAUGCUUUCCUCUUUUGCAGAAGCUCAUGCUGAACCAUUGCAUCGUAGAAAAAGAGAAACUACGAAAGAUUCAAAAUCGUUUAUUGACGAAAUUGGUGUGCAUCGCCUUCAGACUAUUACUCCUGUUUCUCAACUUUGUUACCCUGCCAUUGACUCAACAUUUGUUGACGUUGGAGAUGUCACCUAUGCUAUAUGUGUCUCUGCUGAGACGCAAGAAACUCCUGCUGAAGUUAUUGUUGGAAUCUACAAGGAUCAUGUUUGGACUCCCAUUAGUCAGUGGUAUGUUGUACAUCCGAACAGACUUGCCGCAUUUCACUUCAAUGGCUUCCUCUAUGUCAUUGUAGCAGAUAGUGGGAAAAUUAAAGGAAUGGAUCUCGUAAAGAUUGACUUGGUGUCGUAUAAAAGAGUGGUUGAACAUACUGUGUCCAGCAAGCCAGCUACUAGCACUUCCAUUUGGAAAAUGAAAUCUGAUGGUAAAUUUCACUUGGCGAUUGCUAACUUACCCGGACAUUCAACUGAUCUCGUGAGCGACAUUUAUAUAUACGAAUGGAUGCAGACAUAUUACGACCGCUACUUUACCUUACAAGCUUAUGAUGUCAGAGAUAUUGAACCGUUUCAUAUACAUGAUACGCCUUAUUUGGCCAUUGCAAAUUACAGAAGGAGUAUCAAUAACUUUGAAGUGGAUUCUGAAAUAUUUAAGUUUAAUUUAGAUAAAGGUUGGAUUUCACAUCAAAAAAUUAGGACUUACGGCGCCACAGACUGGGAAUUUUUCACUCUUGGUUCUGGUAUUUCAAAGGAGUUUUUCCUAGCAGUCGCCAACAAAGAGGAGAGUGAUGUAUCCGAAGCAAAAUCUAUGAUCUACAAAUUUGCAAAAGACAUUUUCGUACCCUUCCAGUGUCUUCCUAUAUUUAGAGCUUCAUCUUUGGCUUCAUGGACAACUAAAACUGCUUUCAUAUUAGCAGUUGCGAGUUCCGAUGACGCAGUGCAUAUGUUCCAAUAUGAUGGUUGGAGGUUUGUUCAAAGUAAAGUUCAAUACACCCAAAGAGCAAUGUCAUUUGGAGUUAACUCGCUGAUAUUCCACAACAUCUCUAAAGGAUAUGAACAAAUACCAAUUCUAAGCGUAAGUAAUCCAAUGCAUAGAGAUCUUUCAAUAUUUGAAAUUGGCCUCAAAAAUGAAAAUGAGCUUCAAGCAUGGACAGACAAAAGCACAGAAUGGUGUACGCAAACUUUGCAAAAUAUAGAAUCAACGGAUCUGAAUUCUCUUAUUCAAGCUCUUGACAAUGUAUUUGUUAUUGACCAAGAAAGUAAUCUGGUUAUAGAAGGCGACUUGUUUUUCGAAAAAGGUUUUGAAGUAUCAAAGCUUCAAACCCCAAAGUUGAAAGAAAUCUUAACCCAAGAAGUUUAUGAUAACAGCAUACUCUUGAAGCUGGGAGAAAUAAUCAAAAAGCUUGAAACACUGAAUGAGAAGUUGAAUGCUUAUGAAGAAAUUCUUAAGCACGCUUUGAAAACGGAAGGCGAUCAAAUUGUUUCCGGGCAAUUUACCUUUCAAGAUGCAGUUUUGGAUUGUGAAAAGCAUAACUGCAAGUUCGACUCCAUAAAUACUGUCUUCCUUAACGGGGAGAAUAUUACGGAUUGGUCUAAAAAUUUGGUUUUCCUCGAUAGUGAACGCAUUGAUGGUACCCUUAAAGCUGAUAAAAUUAGUGCCUCUAACAUCAAUGUCCAUGGAUUUAUUGAUGGUGUGGACAGUAAGACAUUGGUCACAAAAUCUGGCCAUCAUGUAAUCACAGGUCACAAAACUUUCGUAAAUGACGUGAUUGCAAAUGAAGUUGACGUUCAAGGUGAAGUUGAUGGUAUUAAAAUAUCUCAAAGUGACGUUCUCCUCACAACUGGACAGCAAACUGUUACUGGCAAUUUAAUUUUUGAAGAAAUUGAUGCAUCAUGGCUUGAAGCAACUUAUGUAAAUAAUGUGGAUCUAACAAAGUUCUUGGCUGAUGUUGUGCGUUCAGAUCAACAAUCGGUUAUAACUGGCAAAAAGAAUUUCCAUGAUGUCGUUGUAGAUGAAUUGUACAUGGCAGAAGGUUCUACGAUUAACGGCAUAGAUAUUGUAGAUUUAUGGAACAACACUUUAUGGAAGGAUAAAGAUCAAGUAAUCACAGCCCCAAUGACGUUCCAUUCUGUGACUAUGGAAAAAAAUCUAAUUGCACCUUUAGGAAUAAACGGAAUUAGUAUCCCAGGACCCAGAAUUGUGGACAUAAAAGGCUUUGCAAAUAUUACAGAACCUCAAGUGUUUACUCAAUCCACUAAAAUUUCUCACUUAGAAGUUUUGAACUCAAUAAAUGGCUUAGGAAUGCAUUCAGUUGAAGGAUACGAGCCCCAACUAGAUAUAAUGUUAAAAUCUGGGAAUCAAGCCAUAACAGGCAAGAAAACAUUCCAUACUAUUCAUCUGGAUGCUGACAGCUAUGUAUCUGGUACUGUUGAUGGAGUUGAUUUGUCGGAAUUGAAAAAACUUACUUUGAGUAAAGAUGCUACUAUUGAAACUGACCGUACUUGGACUUUCAAUAACUUAGUUAUCAAAGGUCCGUUAACUGCGAGUAAAAUUUCCGGUUAUGAUCUUGAAGAUAUUUAUGAAAGAGCCCUCAAGUUGAAUGAUACAAAUUUACCAGAAAUGACAUUUAAGAAAAGUCUGGAGAUUGAUGAUUUAGAAAGCCAUGAUAUCAAUGGCUACAAUUUUGAGGAAGACUUUGUUCUUAAGUAUAAACCCCAAACAAUAACUGGAACAAAGACUUUUGUCGAUAUUGUUUUAGAAGAAAACAGCAUUGUACUUUCAACAAUCAAUAAUAUCAACAUGAAAAUCUUCAAUAACACUCUUUUGCGAAUUGGAAAUCAAGUCUUGAAAUCAAAAGUAUUUAACAAAAAUGUAAAAGUAAACAAGUUGAUUGUUAAAGGCUCUGUAAAUGGAGUAUCUGUUGAUAAUUUUGUAACGCUGAAUGAGGACGUAUUUUUACAUGCACGAGAACUGGAUAAUGUAACUUUUCAAGAAAUUGUAGCCGGAAAUUUAGAAGUAGCAGGUAAAGUAAAUGGAAUUGAUAUAGAAGAAAUGAUGAAGGAUACAUUGACUUAUGGGGGUGAUCAGGAAGUGAAAGGCACUCUGACUGUAAAGGGAAAUAUUAAUGUAGUACCAGACGGGAACCUACAAGUUGGAACCAUUAAUGGGGUUAAUAUUAGAGAUUUAUGGGAAGACGCAGUUCUGAUUGAUGGACCUCAAGAAAUAACAGGAGAAAAAACUUUUACAGACUCUGUUACGUUUCAAAAUUUAGAAUUUAAAGAUACCAUUGAUGGCGUCUCAGAAUGGGAUAUGAAGAACUGGAUGUUAAGAGAUGAACCACAAAUAGUCAAAGGAGACGCUGCGUUUUUAAAUGAUGUAACUGUAGAUGGCAUUCGUGUAAAUGGCUUGAUAAAUGGUAUAAAUAUAACAGAGCUGGAUGAGUCGGUAGUUAAAAUAAAUGAACCUGCUACUAUUGAAGGUCCUGUAAUAUUUGGAGAUACUGUGACAUCUCUAGGUGAUAUUACUUUGUCUGGAAAUGUUAAUGGUAUAGACUUGUCGGAGGAAGCUGUUUUGAAAUCUGGCGAAAAAGUAAUAACUGGAGUAAAGACCUUCACCCAGGAUUUGGUUGUUGAUGGGGAUUUAACUGUAAGUGGAAAGGUGGAUGGUGUUUCAAUUGAAGACAUUUGCAAAAAUACCCUUGUUGCUAAAAAGGAGCAAAAUAUUACUCAUUUGACAAUCAAAGGAGAUGUAACUCUGACGGGUGGUGGAAUAGUUGGAGGCAAAAUAGCUGGAGUAGAUAUAGAAGAGCUUCGUAAAGUUGUUGCUUUGGAUGAAGACUCAUUCGUUAUUGAUGGCUAUAAAGUCUUCGAAAAUUUAACAAUUGAAGGGCCUAUAAAACUUGAAGGAAAACUUGGAGGCGUUGACUUAAAAGAUCUUUAUCAAACUUACAUGAGCUUGACACGUGAUCAAAUUAUUGACGCUCCAAUGGAAUUUGAAGAAGCAAAUUUCAAGGGAACCCUUGCGACGGACAAGUUUGAUUCGCUUAAUAAUCUUGUGAAUGGAAUUGAUAUCAAAGACCUAGAUGAAAGAAUUAUGAAAAAGGAUGGAUUACAAACCAUUGCCGCGGAUCAUUACUAUGAUGAAGUUGUCUUUUUAGAUGACGUAUUUGUUGCGGACAGAGUCAAUGGAUUGGAAGUUCCUAGUGGUCUGAUGCGUCGUAAUAAACCAAACUACAUCCAAAGCCCAAAAAUAUUUCAAAAACCAGUAACUGUCCUUGGCGAUCUUGACAUUUCCGAAGGUAAACUUAUUCAAGGGGUUGACGUAUCUGACUGGUCUAGAAAAGCUGUUCUUACGGAAGGAACAUUUGAAAUAUCUGGACAAAAGACUUUUAAAAGUCUGGAAGUUUCAGAUGUAAAAGUGGAUGGUCUAUUGGAUGGUUUGAAAAUAUCAGAUGAAGCACUUUUGAUGUCUUAUGGAGAGCAGGUUAUCACUGGUCAAAAGACUAUUAGAGGUGACGUUGACAUAAAAGGCUCUCUUACUGUGAAUGGCCUCAUUAAUGGUGUAGAUUUGGACUAUUUAUCAACGCAUACUCUACAGAAUGAUCGAGAAAACACAAUCACAGGACUUAAGCACUUCACCAAGCCUUUAACCAUAAAAUCACUUCAGGCCCCAACAGUAGCGGGUGUUGACGUAGUUGAACUUCAAAAAAAGAUAAAUACAAAGCUAGAUUAUGAAAAGGUCCAAAAUAGACUGGAUGAAAUUAAUGAGGUCGUCAUCAAAGUUCAAGAUGCAUUAGAAAAGCAAGCUGUAUUAUUUCAAUACUAUGAACUGUUCCAAGAGCUUGAAAUACCGAGAGCUUACAGUUGGCUUUACUUGUGGAAUAAAGAUUGCGGAGAAAUGUUGCUUCUUGCUGAUAACUCUAGCUCUGUAGAUUUGUGUUCUUCCAUACGAAUCUUUAAAUACAAUGAAGAGCAAAAUCAAUAUCUUCCUGAGCAACAGGAAUUGCAAACGUCGUAUGCAACAUCCAUGAAAAGUUUAGUAAUUGAGGGAAAGACUUUCUUGUUUGUUGGAAACCAAAACCCGAAAUCAAUCUGUUUGGGAGGCAAGACUAAUAAAGGCAAUGCAGAAAUAGACAUCUAUGAAUGGACAAGUGAAGGCUUUCUUCUAUUCCAAACUAUACCAAUGAGUCCUAUUAUUAAAUUGGGUGUUUUUACGGAUAAUAUUCUAUCAUGUUUCUUCAGCGUUGAGAUGCGCUCGACUACAGUGUAUUGUACUUCUAAUCUUGAUGACGAAUUCACGUAUAGAGAAACUCUGCCAACAAUUGGUUGUAGGAAGGCUGAUAUUAUGAAGUCUCACGGAAAAAUAAUUUUAGCACUGGCAGCUGAAGACUUGAGGCCACGAUCUAUCAAUUACAUUCCAGAGAACAAUAUAGAUAUUUAUUUCUGGAAUUUUGAAGCAGCAGUUUUUUCGAAACCUGUACAAGGGAUUUCGUCAAAAUAUGUCCAGUCUUUACUUUUGAUGGAUUACCAUACAGAUUAUUCGUCUUACCUGUUCUUAGCUGUUGGAGGAGGACGAAUUCCGAAACUCCAAGAGGAGCCUAAAGUCACAAUAUAUAGGUAUGAAAACUCUACAGCUAAGUUCCAAAAAUAUCAAGAAAUCCCAGCAAAUGGAGAACUGGAUUGGAUUGUCUUGCAAACUGGGGAGUUGAUAUUGUUUGUUUUGGAUAAGGAAAAGGGAACUGUUAAAUUGUAUGAACAUAAAGGUGCUUCAGGAUUUGUUCAUAUAGAUACUAUAAACAGCGUUGGUACCAUAACCAUACAUCCUUUCAUUCGUCACCAUGAUAAGGAAGACAGUAUCAACCAUUAUUUAGCAUUUGCAGGUCCCCAUGCUGCUAUGGCACAGCCAGCACAAGGAUUGGAUUAUGCAAAAAUUUUGAAAUCUAAAGUUAAAGGAAGACGUUUUUUUAUUGAUAACUGAAUUUGGAGUUUUAGACUAACUUAUAUUUUAUAACGUUUACACU